GGGGGAGGAGCGUCGGCUCGACUGGGCCCCGCCCUCAACAGCCCCGGACCGGCUUUCUCCUUGGUAUGCUCCAAGAUGGCGGCCCCCAUGGUGCGAUGCGGGAUCCUCCUGGCGCGGAAAGUACUUCUGCCUCAGCAUUCCCUGGCAGGUAAAAGAUGCCUGCUUUCUGCGGCAUAUGUGGACAGCCACAAAUGGGAAACAAGAGAAAAAGAAGAGUGUCACCUUGCUGAUCUAGCAUCUUUAAUGGAUAAAACAUACGAGAGAAAGUUGCCUGUUAGUUCUUUAACAAUAUCACGGUUUGUGGACAACAUUUCAUCUCGAGAAGAGGUAGACCAUGCAGAGUAUUAUCUUUACAAAUUCCGACACAGCCCCAACUGCUGGUACCUGAGAGAUUGGACUAUCCACACCUGGAUUAGGCAGUGUCUAAAAUAUGGUGCGCAAGACAAAGCCUUAUAUACCCUUGUAAAUAAGGUUCAAUAUGGAAUUUUUCCAGAUAACUUUACAUUCAAUUUACUGAUGGAUUAUUUCAUAAAGACAGAAAAUUACAAAAAUGCUCUAGCUGUGGUUUUUGAGGUCAUGAUGCAAGAAGCCUUUGAAGCACCUUCCACGCAGCUCCUCUCCCUCUAUGUUUUAUACCAUUGCCUGGCAAAGAAGACAGACCUCACUUGGGAAGAGGAGAGGAACUUCGGGGCGUCCCUGUUACUCCCCGGCCUAAAGCAGAAGAACUCAGUGGGGUUGAGUUCCCAGCUGUAUGGCUACACACUUCUUGGAAAGGUGGAACUGCAGCAAGGGUUGCGAGCCGUGUACCAUAACAUGCCUCUGCUUUGGCAACCAGGCUACCUUGACAGAGCCCUUCAAGUGAUGGAGAAGGUGGUCUCUGCCCCGGAAGAUGGAAAGCUAUGUAAAGAAGCGCUCGAGGUGCUGGACAGAGCACUGAAGGUUCUGACUGCUCCGGCCCCUGCGUCUUCAGAGGAGCAGCCCCAGGAAGGGGAAGACAGCCAGGGCUCGGGAAACCUGGCGGAGCAGUCAGACAUGGAGGAAAGCGAACAGUCCAGGCUUCCCCAAUACCUGGAACGAUUUAAGGCCUUACAUUCUAAACUUCAGGCUCUGGGCAAAGUUGAGUCAGGAAACCUUUUGACUCUGACCACCCAGCUCGUCAAAGAACAGCUCCCCACCUGUGAAGCAGAGGACAUCGCGGCCUAUGAGCAGAAACUGCAGCGGUGGCAUCUGGAGCGAGUGCACUUGAUUCAGAGGGAGCAGGAGCAGAGGGAGAAGGCGAAGCAGGAGCACCAGGCUCGGAGGGGAGCGAAGGCUUCUGCCUGAGGGGCCUCCAGCGCCCCCGCCCCGUCGCAAGGACUUCACUAGACCCCGUCGUGGGAGGCAGUGUGACGGCGAUGGCAGCCUCCACUUCCGCCACGCAUCUCUCCUUUUCUUCAAGCAGGACGCUGUGGUAUAAAAGCCAUGAGGCUUACAUACUAAGGCACUGUGAUUGCCCAUCCAUAGUGCCAAGGGCUGUGGAACGAUGAACGUAGGCGGUGGUCAGACUCAAGCCACUAGCUAAAUACCUUAGAGGGGGCUCUUGAGGCUUAUGGUGGAAUUCCUGGGGGACAGGGAUCAAUUUUGAACAUCGAAAGUCUCUGAUACCUGGCGCUGGUGGUGGGAGAGGCCACAGUUGAAGUACUGGGUCUCGCACAGUUUUUGGAUGGUCUCUCUUCCCAGCCGAGGCAAACUGCACAUUCUGAGACCUUGUCCCCCUUUUCCUCUGUGCUGCAAGCACUAAGCCUGAGCUGGGUGUGGGAUGCCCACACAUCCCCACUUUCUGCUUCCCCCAUCUACCCUUCCAGACCUGAACUGGGAGAACUUCAGUACCGGAGCGAACACAAGACCCACUGGCUUUCAAAUUUCAGGAACCUGUAAUAGCGUUUUGAGACUGUAAGGGCUUUUGAGGAGAAAGGUAGCCCUAGCUCUGAAGCCUCCUUGGCUGGAAGUUUCUCCAUCAUGUUAGAGGAACUUUUUUCCAAAGCAUUGUCUCCGCUCCUUCAUCAAGUAAGUGAAAUGAGCCUUUUGUGCACGCACACGCACACACAACCACGUACAACUUGUGAACACACAUUUCAGUCAGAGAAAUUGGAGAAAAUGAGAGAUGGGAUGGUGCUUUUGGUGCGUGGGAGACAUGAGAAAUUGUUACACUGUCAGGUAGAAAAUUCCUUCCUGAAGUUUCUCUGUGAAAGGGGUUUGGGGCAGCUCUUGCUAUGUAAUUUUGCUUUUAAGUACAGUGGUGACUUUAAUUCAGAAUUGUGCUCUUUUAUCAAGAACCUAUGGAAAUAAAUGUUCUGGG